GCCAGGUGUUUAAAACAGCGCCACCAGUGGUGGAGAGUUCUGCUGUACCGCGUGACCUCAGCAUCCACGCUGGUUAGAUUGAUCUCAUCUCUGGCUCCAGGAGCGAUAUGGUUUCAGCACCUAACAGAGAUCUUUUGUUUGAAAGCAGCCAGUCCUGCAGGAAUGAGGGAUACACAGGACAUGAAACUAGAAGAGAAAUAUUGGCAUCGAGACCAGCUGAUGGCAGAGUUUCCCACAUAGACCUGUCUGUGCUAAAGAUGCUCUCACGAAAUCUUGUCAUUGCUUCGGUGGCUGUUGUGUUUUUGGUGUCUACUGUAUCAACAGCUCCUGUUGAAGAUAAAGAGCCUGAAGAGAAUGACUUUGAAGCUGAAGAAGGUGAAGAAGAACUUUCUGAAGAAGAUGAUGAUGAUGACGAUUCCAAAGCUCAACAUAUGAAGGGAGUUGGAUCACAGCAGGCCACUUCAGCACCCAAAGGCUCGGGUAUGAGUCCUUCACCUGGCAGCUCCGUCCCGGGCGAAUCCCCAAAUGGUCACAAGCUGAAUGGUGCUACGCAAACUGGCCAAGUCUCAUUAAGCGGCCCGUCAACAUCUUCAUCUGGAGCCAGUGGCAGUAACGGUAGAGACGGAUAUUCUCGCCCAAGUUCUCAUGGUUCAAGUAACAAUGGACAGAAUGGAUCCAAAUCUGAAUUAAUUCCUUCAGCAGGAGGAACAGGUGCUCAUGGAGGUUUAGGAUCUAAAGUCCCUGGGCCAGAUGGGGGCGUCCACACAGUUUCCAUUUCUAUUGUGUCAUCAGGUCAAGGGUCAUCAGGUCACGCGAUUGGUCGACCAUCAACAGGACAGAUGUCAGGUGCUUCAGGUGUAGUUUCCUCUGAGGUCCAAUCACAAACAUCAGGGUCAGAGGCUGUCGAUCAACAUGCAGAAGGAUCUGAAAACGGUGACUCUGCACAUGAAGGAUCUCAGAUUGAAUCUCCAGAAAUCCCAGAGACAGAAACCAACGGUAAUGGACACAAACACUUAAUGAACGGAGGAGAAACAGGGUUCACAGGAUUGGAUCAUUUCAUGCCAGGCUCAUCUCCGAUACAAGGAACAGACACUGUAGAUCAGUCAAGCCACGACUUUCUUGUGGGUUUAAUGGGUGAAAUGGGUGAAAACUUUGGUCCAGACACCCAAACGGGUGGGUUAGAUCAUACGGGACUUGAAUUUCAGGUGGAUUCCACAGCAGAUGGAUUGAGUCCAGGGCAGUUGUCCAGCAGUGCUUCAGUUCUAGACGUUCCUCCAGCAGGACCGCCUCAUCCAUCUGCUGACAAUGGGAACCAUGGUUUCUCCCCAUCCAUAAGUGUAUCUGAUAAUGGUGAACAGUCAAGAUUAGCAGCAGACACAACAGAUUCAGUAUUCAUCUUGGACACAUUAGCACAUCCAGAUCAUUUCCUUCCAGAUUAUUCAGAUGGUGGAUUGGAUAAUAACGGUGCCGACGGUCCUGAAACUAAUGGAAACGGUCGGCACAAACCAGUUGUGGACAAACCAAAAGGUGUAACUGAGCAUCAGUUUGUUGCUAUGGAGACGGAUCACACAGCUGCUGGCACUCUUGAUGUGAAUGAUCACACACUCAGUCCUUACGCUGACACCACUGGUCAUGAUAGCUUGACCGGUGCGAGUGUGCAAACAGAUACGGCAGGUGCACCCGGUGAAUCUGUGACGGAUGGAAAUGUUCAGACAGAUAUGAGUCGUUUAGCUGUGACUGAUGGAUUACUAAAGUAUACAGCGUGUGUUUCUGAAAAGCAGAUUCUGUGCAUGAGACGGGGACUGGAUAUACAGAUGCCUCACAGACACAUAGUGAUGUGGUACAGACACAUUUACCAGCCACAGGAGAUCCAUUGGCAGUUUCUUCACAGACAGAUGUCAUGGGCACAGCCUCAGCUGAACCUCAAGGGACUCCCGGGAGUCCAAGCCGUCCUGGUGCUACAGAACAGACACAGACAGCUGUAUCAGCAGGUGAACAGUACCACACAUCAGGUCAGGGUCCUGAAGGUGCAGAAAAUGUGGAACUGGAAGAUACCUGCUGACUUUCACAUGAAGCCUCGUGUGAAGUUUCUGCGUUACAGGUUUCAAUGUAUAGACCAGAACGCCUGGCAGAGGAAUCGUAAACCCGCUCGCUAGACUUUAGCCGACGUCUUUGUGUGUCUGUGUGUGUGUGUUCGUGUGUCCGUUUGUUUUAUUUAAACAUUCAGAUAAUACUGUAAGUUAACUUUAUAUUGCGCCUGUUUAUAAAAGUGCCCUUUAAUUGUUUCUUUAGUACAAUCGAGAGGAAAGAAAAUUGAAAUGACAACGCUUAAUUGAAUCAAUAUUGUGAUAUUUCUUACAAUCCAAGUAAACACGCUGUGUAAAUGCAUUGGUUUAUUCCCCUGUAAUGUUGCUUUCUUGCCUAGAUGUUGAAGCAAUAAUCUUUUCAAACAUCAAAAAUUGUAUAUUGCUGAAUGUCUUAUUGAAAAUAAUCUUUACAUUAAAUGGAUCAUCUAUUUUGAACAUCAA